AUGUCCAACAGGCCAGCUCCUGGGCUGGGCACUGGGGAAGAUGAAAAACACAAGAUCCCUGUCUUUAAAAAGCUGAUGUGUGGACUCUGGUCAAUCAACCCCGUGGGUGCCAUCGUCACCGUCCCCAUUUUCCCUGUGAGGAGAGUGACCCUGUUGCAGCCUCAGAGAAGCUCCACUCCAAAGCUCAAUUGCUGUCCCCAAGCUAGUAGGACCACUUCCUUUGUCUCCACUUUCCCACCACCUCGCCCUGGAAACCUUGUCCGCCCUCCUCAUCCCUCCUCAGAUCCGUGCCUUCAUAGACUCAUUCGGCAAACCUGUGCUGAGCAUCUCCCGUGGACGGGCUGUUGUGUGGGUGCUGUUGCCGAGGAGAGGGAGGAAGCCCAGCCCCACCUGCCAUCCUCAGGACCUUUCCCGGGGAGCCUGCCAGUUGCCAGCACACCGUUCUCCUUUCUUCAUGCCAGCGGGUACCAGCCUGCCUUGGUGUUUUCACCAACCCAGCCUGGAAGUCCACACACGGGCAGCGCAGCCCUGCGCCAGGGGACCUCUGCCAGGACAAAGCGCCUGCUGCCUCUUGCAUUUAAUCACACGGUUGGCCACAUCAUACUUUCUGAACAUAAAGAUGUCAAAUUUAAUUGCUCGAUCAAGGUACCCAAUGUGUACCAGGACACUACAAUUUCUUGGUGGAAAGAUGGGAAGGAAUUGCUUGGGGCUCAUCACACAAUUACACAGUUUUACCCAGACGAUGAAGUCACAGCAAUCAUCGCAUCCUUCAGCAUAACCAGUGUGCAGCGUUCAGACAAUGGGUCAUAUAUCUGUAAGAUGAAAAUAAACAAUGAAGAAAUCGUGUCUGAUCCCAUCUACAUCGAAGUACAAGGACUUCCUCACUUCACUCAGCAGCCGGAGAGCAUGAAUGUCACUAGAAACACAGCCUUCAACCUCACCUGUCAGGCCGUGGGCCCUCCUGAGCCCGUCAGCAUUUUCUGGGUUCAAAACAGCAGCCGCGUUCACGAACGGCCUGAAAAAUCCCCCUCCGUGCUCACUGUUCCUGGUCUGGCUGAGACGGCAGUCUUCAGCUGUGAGGCCCACAAUGACAAGGGGCUGACCGUGUCCAAGGGAGUGCAAAUCAACAUCAAAGCAAUCCCCUCCCCGCCAACUGAAGUCAGUGUCCACAGCAGUACUGCACACAGCAUUCUGGUCUCCUGGGUGCCAGGUUUUGAUGGAUACUCCUCUUUCAGGAAUUGCAGUGUUCAGGUCAAGGAUGUUGAUCCACUGAGUAAUGGCUCAGUCAUGAUUUUUAACACCUCUGCCUCACCACAUCUGUACCAAAUUGAGCAGCUGCAAGCCCUGGCUAAUUACAGCAUUGGCGUUUCCUGCAUGAAUGAAAUAGGCUGGUCUGCAGUGAGCCCUUGGAUUCUGGCCAGCACAACUGAAGGAGCCCCAUCAGUAGCGCCAUUAAAUGUCACUGUGUUUUUGAAUGAAUCUGGUGAUAAUGUGGACGUCAGAUGGAUGAAGCCUCCAAUUAAGCGGCAGGAUGGGGACCUGGUGGGCUACCGGAUAUCUCACAUGUGGCAGAGUACAGGGACUUCCAAAGAGCUCUCUGAAGAAGUCGGCCAGAAUGGCAGCCGUGCUCAGAUUUCUGUUCAAGUCCACAACGCCACGUGCACAGUGAGGAUUGCAGCUAUCACGAAAGGGGGAGUCGGGCCUUUCAGUGACCCAGUGCAAAUAUUUAUCCCUGCACACGGUGGGAUAGAUUAUGCCCCCUCGUCAACUCCGGCACCUGGCAACACGGAGCCUGUGCUUAUUAUCCUUGGCUGCUUCUGUGGAUUCAUUUUGAUUGGGUUGGUUUCAUAUAUCUCUCUGUCCAUCAGAAAAAGAAUCCAGGAGACAAAGUUUGGGAAUGCGUUCACAGAAGAGGAUUCCGAAUUAGUCGUUAAGUACAUAGCAAAGAAGUCCUUCUGCCGGCGAGCCAUUGAACUCACCUUACAUAGCUUGGGAGUCAGCGAGGAACUGCAGAAUAAACUAGAAGAUGUUGUGAUUGACAGGAAUCUUCUAAUUCUUGGGAAAAUUCUGGGCGAAGGAGAAUUUGGGUCUGUAAUGGAAGGAAAUCUUAAGCAGCAAGAUGGAACCUCUCAGAAAGUGGCAGUGAAGACCAUGAAGUUGGACAACUUUUCCCAGCGAGAGAUCGAGGACUUUCUCAGUGAGGCAGCAUGCAUGAAAGACUUCAGCCACCCGAAUGUCAUCCGACUGCUAGGUGUAUGUAUAGAAAUGAGCUCUCAAGGCAUCCCAAAGCCUAUGGUGAUUUUACCCUUCAUGAAAUACGGGGAUCUGCAUACCUACUUACUUUAUUCUCGAUUGGAGACAGGACCAAAGCAUAUCCCUCUGCAGAUACUGUUGAAGUUCAUGGUGGAUAUUGCCCUGGGAAUGGAGUAUCUGAGCCACAAGAAUUUUCUUCAUCGUGAUUUAGCUGCUCGAAACUGCAUGUUGCGAGAUGACAUGACUGUCUGUGUUGCGGACUUUGGCCUGUCUAAGAAGAUUUACAGUGGUGAUUACUACCGCCAAGGCCGCAUUGCUAAAAUGCCUGUGAAAUGGAUCGCCAUUGAGAGUCUUGCAGACCGAGUCUACACAAGUAAAAGUGACGUGUGGGCGUUCGGCGUGACCAUGUGGGAAAUAGCUACGCGGGGAAUGACUCCCUAUCCUGGAGUGCAGAACCAUGAGAUGUAUGACUACCUUCUUCACGGCCACAGGCUGAAGCAGCCCGAGGACUGCCUGGAUGAACUGUAUGAAAUAAUGUUCUCUUGCUGGAGAGCUGAUCCCUUGGAACGACCCACCUUUUCAGCAUUGAGGCUGCAUCUAGAAAAGCUCUUGGAAAGUUUGCCUGAUGUUCAGGACAAAGCAGAUGUCAUUUAUAUCAACACACAGUUGCUAGAGAGCUGUGAGGACCUGGCCGAGGGCCCUUCACUUGCUCGGCUGGACAUGAACAUUGAUCCCAACUCUAUAAUUGCUUCAUGCACCCCCAAUGCUGCCAUCAGUGUGGUCACAGCAGAAGUUCACGAGAACAAGCCUCUUGAAGAAAGGUAUAUCCUGAAUGGGGGCGGUGAGGAAUGGGACAAUCUGGCGUCCACCCUGUCUGCCACAGUCACUGCUGGGAAGGAUGGUGUUUUACCCGAGGACAGACUUGUAAGGAACGGGGUCUCAUGGUGCCAUUCUAGCACACUGCCCUUGGGUGGCCCAUCGCCAGAUGAACUUUUAUUUGCUGAUGACUCCUCAGAAAACUCAGAAAUCCUGAUGUGAGGAGAGCUGAGAGGAGACAUUCCAAACCCAAGUAAAUUCAUCUGUUUUAGGAGAAUCCAAU